GUGACCAUGCAUUCUGACAUUUUAGUAUAUCAUGGAGCUGGCAGAUGCCCUUAACUAUUGCCACUCCAAGAAGGUGAUCCACAGAGACAUCAAACCAGAGAAUCUCUUACUGGGAGCAAACGGCGAGCUGAAGAUCGCAGACUUUGGAUGGUCUGUUCAUACGCCAUCCUCCAGACGGUCCACUCUGUGUGGAACACUAGACUAUUUGCCGCCAGAAAUGAUUGAGGGCAAAACUCAUGAUGAAAAAGUGGAUCUUUGGAGCCUGGGUGUCCUCUGCUACGAGUUCCUGGUUGGAAAACCCCCAUUUGAAGCUAAAAGUCACGAGGACACCUACCGCAGGAUAUCA